GGAGAGAGGUCUGGCGAGUCUGGGCACACCACCACCGCCAUGGCCUACGGCGCGCUUCUUGCAUCGACGGUCUGCUUCGCGCCGCGGCCGCCACCUCUUUUCGCGGCGAGGCCGGCGCUGCGCGCUCGCGUCGUGGCGGGCACGCCUUAUGAGCAGCUCACCGUCGGCGUGGUGAAGGAGCGGAAGGAGCGCGAACGCAGGGUAGCGCAGUCGCCCGAGUCGGUGGCCCUGCUCGUGAAGAAGGGCUUUCGUGUGGUGGUGGAGCAGGGCGCAGGCGCGGACAGCCUAUUCGGUGACGACGCGUACGUCGAGGCUGGCGCCACAGUCGCAUCGCGGGAGGAGGCGUGGGGUGCUCACUUCGUCACGAAAAUCAAUCCGCCGACGCGCGAGGAGGCCAAGCUGGUCGGCGACCGCACGCUGCUCGCGCAAAUCAACCCGUCCAAGAACACGGAGCUGGUCGCGCAGCUCGCCGGUCAGGGCGCCACCGUCUUUGCCCUCGACAUGAUCCCGCGCCUGCUCUCGCGCGGGCAGACGUACGACACCCUCUCCUCGCAGACCAACAUCGCCGGCUACCGCGCGGUGGUUGAGGCCUCGCACGCCUUCGGCCGCUUCUUCGCCGGCCAGAUGACGGCCGCGGGCAAGGUUCCGCCCGCCAAGGUGCUCGUGCUCGGCUGCGGCGUCGCCGGCCUCGCGGCGGUGCAGACGGCCAAGAACCUCGGUGCGCUCGUCUCUGCGUACGACGUGCGUCCGGUGGUGCGCGAGCAGGUCGAGUCGCUCGGAGGCAGCUUCCUGAGCGUCGAGUACGAGGAGGACGGCGACGGCGGCGGCGGGUACGCGAAGGAGAUGAGCGACGGGUACAAGGCGGCCGAGCAGGCGAUGCUCACCGAGGCGGUCGCCGACGCCGACAUCGUCAUCACGACGGCGCUGAUCCCGAACCGGCCGGCGCCCACGCUCGUCAAGGCGGAGACGGUGGCGAGGAUGCGGCGCGGCUCGGUGAUCGUCGACCUCGCCGCGCAGAACGGCGGCAACGUGGAGGGCACCGUCAAGGACUCGGCGACGAGCACGCCGAACGGCGUGACAAUCCUGGGCUACACCGACCUCGAGUCGCGCCUGCCGACCACGAGCAGCAACUUGUUCGGGAACAACGUGGCCAAGUUCCUCCUCUCGGUCGGGCCUCAGACGACAGGCCGGCAGGGCGAGUACGAGAUCGACCUCGAGGACGACGCGGUGCAGGGCAUGCUGCUCGUGCAGGCCGGCGCGACGCGCGAGCCCGAGGCGUACGUCGCCCCCGCGCCGCCGCCGGCGCAGAAGGACGAGGCGGCGGCCGAGGCGCCGCCUCCCGAGUGGCGCAAGUACGCACGCGACGCGACCCGCCUCUCCGUCCUCGGGGGCUGCCUCCUCGCCGCCGGCCUCUCGCCCGACCCGAAGCUGGCGGCGAUGCUGACGACCUUCUCGCUCGCCGGCCUCGCCGGCUUCCAGGCCGUGCUCGGCGUGCCGCCCGCGCUGCACUCGCCGCUCAUGUCGGUCACCAACGCCAUCUCGGGCAUGACCGCCGUCGGAGGCAUCAUGCUCCUCCCCGCGCUGGCGGCGCGGCCACGCGGCGCGUCGCAGCUGCUCGGCGCCUUUGCGCUGCUCGUCUCGUCCGUCAACAUCGCGGGCGGCUUCCUCGUCACGAGGAAGAUGCUCGGCCUCUUCCGACGGCCGGACGACCCCAAGGCGCCUCUUCCGCCGCCAGCCCCGCUCGCUCGCGUCGCAGCAGCAGCAGCAGCAGAGUACUUUUCGCUGUACGGCGCGCCGACCGGCCUCUUCCUCGCCGGGCUCGCCGCCCUCAGCGCCACCGGCCGCACCGGCGGCGUCGGCGUCGCCGGCCUCGCGUCGGGCGUGCUCUGCAUCGCGGCGGUCGCCGGGCUGGGCAAGCAGAAGACGGCGCGGCUCGGCAACACCCUCGGCGUCGCCGGCGUCGCGUUCGGCGUCGCCUCGACCGUCUGCUCGCAGUGGCUCGCCGGGGCCACCGCCGCGGGGCUGGCCGGCGUGGGAGGCAUCGCCGCCGCCGGCGCCGGCUCCGGCCUCGCGAUCGCCUCGCGCGUCGGGCCGACCGAGCUGCCGCAGACCGUCGCCGGCUUCCACUCGCUCGUGGGCGCCGCCGCGGUCGCCACCGCUGUGGGCGAGUUUUUGCACCUCGCUCCGCUCGGCCUCCUCACGCCCGUCUCGAUCGGCGCGAUCGUCGCCGCAACCUACCUUGGCGCAAUCACAACAACGGGCGCGCGCUUCGCCGGGGAGGCGGGCCCCGCCCCUCCCCGCCGCCCAGCCCUCCCCGGCUCGCUCGUUGCAUUCGGCAAGCUCAACGGCGCCCUCGGCUCUGCGCCCGUCUCACUGCCCAAGCGCAACCUCGUCAACGCGCUGCUCAGCGCCGUCUCGCUCUGGGCGGCCGCGCGGAUGAUGCGCUCCCCAACCCUCGCCGUCGGCCGCGCGGCGCUCGCCGCGUGCACCGCCGCCUCGCUCUUCGUCGGCGCGCACGCCACCCUCGCCAUCGGCGGCGCCGACGUCCCCGUCGUCAUCACUUGCCUCAACUCGGCGUCGGGGUGGGCGCUCUGCGCCGAGGGCUUCAUGCUCUCGUCGACGCUGCUCACGACGGUCGGCGCGCUCAUCGGCUUUUCGGGCGCGCUCCUCACGCAGGACAUGUGCGUCGCGAUGAACCGCGACAUCGGCUCCGUGAAGAGCUACGCGCCGCACACCGAGACGAGUGCGGACGCGCUCGCCGAGCGGCUGCUGUCGGCCAAGAGCGUGGUCGUCGUGCCAGGGUACGGCCUCGCGGUGGCCAAGGCGCAGUACGCGGUCGCCGAGAUCGCGAGCAAGCUGCGCGCGCGCGGCGUCAAGGCGCAGUUCGCCAUCCACCCCGUCGCUGGCCGGAUGCCGGGCCAGCUCAACGUGCUGCUCGCCGAGGCGGGCGUGCCGUACGACAUCGUGCUCGAGAUGGAGGAGAUCAACGACGAGCUGCCGGAGACCGACGUCGUCCUCGUCAUCGGCGCGAGCGACACCGUCAACUCGGACGCGGAGGACGACCCCGGCUCGGCCAUCGCCGGCAUGCCCGUUAUUCGCGUGUGGGAGGCUGGCAAUGUCUGCGUGCUCAAGCGCUCCAUGGGCUCGGUCGGCUACGCGGGCUGCGACAACCCCGUCUUCUACAAUGAAAACACCGACAUGCUCCUCGGCGACGCAAAGGCCUCCUGCGACGCGCUCAACGCCGCACUCGCGUAGAAAGGUUGGGGCGCAGGGAGGGUAGAGGCAUGCGGCCCGCGAGUGGCGUGCCGCAGAGCGGCAGAGGUCUGGGAGGAGAUCGUUACGCGACGCCCGACGGUAUGGUAGCGGCGAGAGAGCGGAGAGAUACGGCGGCGGCCGCGACUACCGACUAGAGAUCCCGUCCUGGGCCUUCUGGGUUCUGUGCGACAAAAACUCGGUUUGACAC